AUGGCGUGCAGUUCAUUGGCGUUCAAGUAUGCUUGCUGCUUCUUCCUCCUGGUAGUCCUAGUUCUGCUGGUUCCAGGUCUGCUAGCCCCAUCUUUUUAUACCAAUGUCAAGACAACUGAGAAAGAAGCGCAGUUGAUUUCCCAAGAUUUCAACCAUCAAGUGGUAUCAGAAAUUGAAAGAACAACACACUUGUUAUCUCCUGCCAAUUCAUCGGCAGCAAAUUUAGCAAGAAUUUUGAACUCAUCGCUGGACGGAGGGAACCUUUCAAUUUCAUUCUCCACAAUUGAAACUAGUGUGGCGCCUGGAUUGUUUCAAGCACUAUCAACAGUUCCACACUUGUCACAGGUUGCUUAUAUUGGAUCAAAUGGUUUGUUCUUCUCGUACUACAUCAGUGGCAAUCAAACUUCAGCAGUGUAUUCCAAUUCGUCACGGGUUGCUAAUGCGAGUCUCACAAGUUUUAGCGGCUGGUAUACUCGACCAGUAAAUCGCAACAAUGGAAAGCUAUAUGGAGAAGCUACUAGCUUCCGUUCUCUAUUUACAAUGAAUUCAACUAGCUUGUUGGAAGAAGCCUUGAAUAGUACAGAUGGUCAUGCUUCAUUAGGAACUGGGUUCACUCAAGAUCUUCUGUUCUUCAACACGGUUGGUUUGGAUGGAAAAGGAGCUAUCUCUCUAGGGUUUUCAUUGGAGUCAUUGACUCAUUUUUUCUCUAGCAUUGAAAUCCAUGGUGGAAACUUGUAUUUGGCUACAAAAGAUGGAAGAGUACUAGCUGCAGGAAUUGCCAGCCAUUCGGUUUCAUUUGAAUUUCUCAAUGCCAAUGGAACUCAGAAAGGUCAUGUUGGCAAUGUUACGUGCGAGGCUAAUAACAGCAAACUGGAAGGAUCCGUGUUGAACAUUGGGGAAAGCAAUUACAUGAUUUACUGCUCACCAUUGGAUAUCCUCGGAGUUAAAUUGGAAUAUGAUUGA